AUGCCUUGGGAUGAGCUCCGAAUGGGCCGCUGCUUUCGUGGCUGGGGCGCCGUGGUGUCGGCCGUGCGCUCGCGGCGGGUUUUCCUGGCAGUAGCUGUCGAGGCAUCGGCUGCGUCUCGCAUUCGCCGUUUGCGGAUGAACGCCUGGUUAGCUUGGCAAGAGGUUCUAGCAGAAGCGCCUGCGCCGACGGCUACGAGCGCAGCUCAGACUGUACCAGACACCCCGCCACCGAUGGCGACGAGCGCGGCGCAGACUCUUCCAGAUGCACCGACGUCCACAAGCGCAGCACAGACCCUGCCAG